UUAAUAGGAUGAGCUGUCAAACAGAUAAAAAGAAACACCUAUCAGUUUGUAAACAGAACUUUCGAAAUGAGCAAGUUAAAUGGAGUUUGUUUAAUUUUAAUAAGUGAUUUUUUUGUGUUAAUCAAAGCUCAACAAAAUUAUCCAUCGUACAAUUUCAACUAUAAUUACACCAGACCAAAUGUUUAUAAUUUUCAUCAGUACACUGACCCUCAGUAUAACCCCCAGAAUUACGACCAAUAUAAUCCUACUGUAAAUAACCAGAAUUACAGAACGUUUUGGUACAAAAACAGACGAUAUGGACAACCUAAAAACUAUAACGGUUGGGGGCCUGGUGAUCCAAGAUUUGGAAAGGAUGAGAGCUAUGUUUAUGACAAAUAUGGCAAUCAGGAACAAAUAUUACCAGGAGUUUUAGGAGAAUGGAGAGAAGAUUUACAAGGAAAGCAAAGGCCUGAAACAAAAGAUCAAAGGAAGGAUAUAACAGUCAAAACCACACAUGGAGCAGUUCAAGGCUUUAUGGUCGACCUUUUCGAUAAUCCUGAUCCUGAUUCAAAUUAUAGACCUGGUGGUUCUGAGUUUAUUGCCAGAAAAUGGGGUGAAACAUCAGUGUUUCUUGGUAUUCCAUAUGCAGAACCUCCCAUUAAUAAAGCUCGUUUCAAGCCUCCUAGAUGGCAUAAAGGAUGGGAAUUACUUCAAGCUGUUGAUUUUGGUCCAGCUUGUCCUCAGCCCAAGAGAUAUACUGGAGGAAUAAGAGAUAUCGAUGAGGAUUGUUUGUAUCUCAAUAUUUUUGCGCCACCUCUUGAUGAAGGUGUCGGACAAAAAUAUCCAGUUAUGUUCUACAUUCAUGGAGGUGAUUUUAUUCAUGGAGCUUCAAAUUUAUUCCCUGGACAUAUUUUGGCAACAUUUUAUAAAGUCGUUGUUGUGACAAUUAACUACAGGUUAGGUGCUUUGGGUUUUUUGAGCACUGGUGAUAUAAAUUCACCUGGAAAUUAUGGUAUACUUGAUCAGGCUAUGGCGCUUCGGUGGGUUUAUGAAAACAUCGAUAGUUUUAAUGGUGAUCAAAGUAAAAUAACUCUGUUUGGGCCUGGAGCCGGUGCAGCAUCUGCAGGCUUACUAAUGAUGUACAAAGAAACUCGUGAUAUGAUCACUAAUGUGAUUGCCCAGAGUGGAUCCCCCUUGGCAGAUUGGUCCAUGAUCUUCGAUAAAUACAGGGUACAAAAUACAAGUAGAGUGUUUGGUAAAGUUUUAGGAUGUGGCUUCGAAUCUUCAUGGCAGUUAGUCAACUGCCUAACAAAUGCAAGAAGUUUCAAUGAUAUAGGGAAUGCCGAAUUUCCUCCCGAUGUGGGUUUGUUCCCCUGGGCUCCUGUGAUAGAUAUGAAUUUCACCGCUCCAUAUUAUGAAGGCUGGAACGAGAAAGACUGGCAUUUUCUUCAUAACAAACCUGAAGAUGUGAUCAGGACUAGAGGUUACAAUCGAAGGAUAAGUUACAUGAGUGGAGUCACUCUACAGGAAGCUGCUCAAUUCAUAACUUCGAACAAAAGUCUUGAGCCGGACUUUUCAAUCACACAGGAAUUUUUCGACCAAAAAGUUAAGGAGCUGGUGCUGAGGUACAAUUACACUUUGAAUCCUAAUGGUACAUAUGAUGCAAUAAAAUACAUGUAUACCUACUGGCCCGAUCCCCAUAACACUACAUUCAUUCGUGAAAAAUACAUACAGUUACUGACGGACUUCCUCUAUGUAGCACCCAACGACAAAAUGAUCAAAUUGUUAGUUGAACAAGAUAUUCCAGUUUAUAUGUACGUGCUUAAUACAACAAUCGAAUCCUUCAACUAUCCCGAAUGGAGAAAAGUACCUCACGAUAUUGAACACUACUUGUUAUGUGGCGCACCAUUUAUGGAUGUGGAAUUUUUUCCCAAUGAAAACUUCACCAGAAAUCAAUGGACAAAUAACGAUAGAAAUAUGAGUCAUUUCUUUAUGAAAGCCUUCACAGAUUUUGCCAGAUAUGGAAAUCCCACGUAUACACAGAUUUUAGGGUUGCAUUUCGAGAUGGCUCAAUACGGCAUGUUGAGAUACCUCAAUUUGAACACCACAUUUAAUUCUACAAUCAAGUGGAACUUCAGACAAACGGAAUCUGCAUUUUGGACCCAAUACAUUCCAAAAGUUGUUGGACAUUUGGUUCCAACCUAUCCUCCUACUACUGAGUUUUGGUGGGAACCGACUGCGCCACUGCAGAUUGCGUUUUGGGGAGUUUCUGCAACAUGUUUGCUCCUGAUUGUAUUUUUAGUGAUAUGUUGCUUGUUGUGGCAGAAUGCUAAACGACAAGUUGAUCGCAAUUACAGUAAUAUGUAUAUGGUUUAUGAAAACGGCCAAGAUCCAGGUGUAGACAACACGAGAGGAUCAGAAUAUGAUUACAGGGAAAAAUUACACACACCCACAGCUUCUUUAAGAAAAAACAGUGCAUCACCACUUUCAACUGACAUGACACUAGGAGACGUUCAAAGUGUAAUGAGUGAUUUGACUGUUGAUCCUUAUAGGGAUACAGCAAGUUCUAAAGCAAGAAGUACAAAAGGCAGCUACAUGCAUGAUGUUCCUCAAACAGAUGUUUGAUCGAAAUGCAGCCAAUAGUUUUUAAUUUUAAAAAAGACUACGGUAUUACGAAGACAAUCACAGUACUAAUAAUGUUAUACACUUGAGAAAGGAACUUUAGUAACUUUACUCAGUUUGAAUCGAAAAAUGUAGAGAUGCUUCGUUACUUCAGGUAUUGAAAGUACCUGAUCAACGAAUAACCAAUUAUUGAAUGAACAAAAGUUAUUUUUAAUUUAAUUUUUUAAGUAUUAUUUUAUGAUAAUGAGCAGCUUUUAUUACAUAAUUUGUUUAGUUUAGGUUCCCUUUUUACCGUUUGUGUUCUUUAUUGGAUGAUUGAUUUUUGAAUUAAUUAACAAACAUAAUUUUGGGAUGUUAUUAAAUCUAAAUUAUUUUAAUUGUUGUUGAUUGUGAAUAUGAAUUUUAGCACAAAAAAAAAGUCCGUCCAGUGUACGUAUUUGAAAUUUUUACAUUCCAUUAGCUUGAAGAGUGUUUUUGACAGUUUUAUAUGAAUUAUAUUUGUUAUUGACUGCCAUAAAAAAUUUAUACAAUAAAUAAACAAAGUUUAAAAUUUA